CUCUGGGUUCUACUAACGUCCCUGCCGUUCGCUCGAGCUCGAAUCCUUGCGGAAGUACUGACGUGUUAACAGCGAGAAGUGGCUAGUUUAGCUAGCUAGGUAGAGCCGGGUAGUGACACAGCGGCCGUAUCAGAAUGUCAGAAGGGGACAGUGUUGGGGAGUCAAUCCAUGGAAAACCAUCUGUAGUUGCUGCCUUUUUCACACGGAUUGGACAGGUCUAUCAGUCAUGGCUAGACAAGUCAACGCCAUUCUAUAUAGCGCGAUGGGCAUCUACUCUACUACUUACCGCUGUCUACAUGAUCAGAGUGUACAUACUACAGGGUUGGUAUAUAGUAACAUAUGCUUUGGGAAUCUACCAUCUCAACCUGUUCAUUGCUUUUCUAUCGCCAAAAGUGGAUCCUUCACUGCUUGACGAAGAUGAGGGCCCAUCCCUUCCCACCAAGCAAAACGAGGAGUUCCGCCCUUUCAUCAGGAGAUUGCCUGAAUUCAAAUUCUGGCAUUCGGCGACGAAAGGCAUCGUCAUCGCCAUGAUUUGCACAUUUUUUGAAGCCUUCAAUGUGCCAGUGUUCUGGCCUAUACUUGUAAUGUACUUCAUCAUGCUCUUCUGCAUCACCAUGAAGAGGCAGAUCAAGCAUAUGGUCAAGUACAGAUACCUACCCUUCACACAUGGGAAGAGGACAUACAAAGGCAAGGACGAAACAGGGAAACCUUUUGCUAGUUAAAAUCUCCCACUUUCCCUCUUCCUUCUCAUUUUAAAUUUAUCGGCCACAGUUAGUGGUGCGUGACGAGGGUUAGAGAUUGAUUUACCUUUUUGUAAGCGGGACAGAAACAAGAAAUGAAAAAUAUAAAUGUUGAUCCAUGGUUCAGAUGAGGAUAUGACCAGCAUGGAUCAAAUUAGUCUGGGAAUAUUGCCUUUGUCUAUUUAGGGGUAGGGUUUUUUUUUUUCUUCUUCUUCUUGAGGACUGCAAUCCUCAUUUUAGGAUUGGUCUGCUAUUGUUCAGAAGUAGGUGAGACUCAGUGCUGCCUUUUGCCUUUUAACCCCAUGGGGUAAGUAUAAAGUCACCAAGGAGGAACCACACUGAAAAAAGUUGCCGUGAAACUUGUGAUUAUUUUUUUUCAAUGAUGGGGAUUCCAGUACAUCUCCUUCUCCCCAAGUGAAAUAAAUUUGCCAACUUUGAUUAAUAUAUUGGUACCUACUUAUUUGUAACAAGCUAUAUAUUGAAAGUCAGUAGUGUUAGAAACAUGACACGAUUAAAUGUGUGAGAUGAAGCUGAAGGAAAUGCAAUGUCUUUAAGUUGAAUCAUUUCAUCUUUUGUGAUAAAAUUGUGCGGCUGCUCUGGGUCACAAGUGUCUCAGACGGUCCUCCUGUACUACAUGCAGAAACUUGGAAAAAUUAGACACCUUUCACUUGACUGUGCAUUCAUGACAUAAGGCAGAAAGACGCCUAUCAUAAUUCAUCUCUUGAAAGGAUUAGCCUAUACUCAGCGCAAAUAAUUUUAGAUUAAAAUUUGUAAUUUAUCUUGAAUUGGCACCUAACGCAAUAUUUUUGUUACCUGAUUCUCACGAGCAUAGCCAGUGGAGCAAGCAUCAUUAUGGAUGAUUAACAGGGACUUGACUUGAAUCUUUAGCCACCCACCACGUCAUUGAAUGCGUUGUUCAAAGCGAGUGUCACUAAUCCCAACCCAUUUAGUGUCCUGUAGCCUGUGGUCUACCUAAAUCACCUCUUUCUAUUUUAGCGCUUUUGUAGAGCUGGGAUACUGUGUCGUUGAGCACCUCUAUAAACCAAAUUACAUCGCUUUUUUUUUUUAGGAUGCAUUUAGCUUAAUAUGGCAAGUCAAUGAAUUUGUUUUACGUCAGAUCUUUAGACCAUUAUGUGUAUUAUUAUUAUUAUUAUUAUUCAAAAUAUACUUUGUCUUCAAAUUGUACAGCCAGUAUUCAAGUCCAAUUCAUGAUGAGGUCUAAUCUGAAAUAAUAGUUAAACAAUUACACAUUUAUCCCAAAGACCUUUUCUCUUUGAAACAUUUACCCAUCUAGGUUUCAAAGCCUGGGGUCCAUUCAAUUUAUGUAGAGUAGCUGUUUUAGUACUUACAAAUCUGUGUUUACUUUGAACAUUUUUGGUAAAUAUAGUCAUUCCAAGCAAACUUUUGUUCUCUUUCUUUUGCAGAGGAAACAUAAGAACACAGAGAUUGAGAGCUUUUAUUAUAACAAAUGGAUGAAGUGGGUGGCGAGCACUCUUUUCUAUAAACCUGUUUUGUUUUUCUCCAUUUUUAUCAGAAUGCUGGGGAUAAUCUGUCAUUAUUAAACUUUGGUCAGCACUGUAGUAAGGGAUCAACCAUUUUCCUGUAAAAAGUUUGUUUCAAAGGGUUGUCCGUAGGAUUUGUGUAUAUAUAUAUAUUUGAAAAUAUGAAAUUUCUUUGACAUUAUUUUUAUUUUAGUUUUUUCUUUCAACCACCAAACUGUUUCCAAGUGUUUAAAUCCAUUUCAGUUGAAAUUGAUGAAAGCAGAACUGGUUAAUUGGGUUCUAGAUUGGAUGAAUUAAAUGUUUCUCAUAGACUGCAUGUUAGUGUUUUCCUGUGCUACAGUUAUAAACAAAAACUUGAUUUUAACAACUUAAGUGUAAUUUUUUUUCACUCCAAAUGCUAUUAAAGAGGCUGUGUCCCAUCAAACAGAA